UGCCUCCGCUUCCUCCCGGUGACGUCUGGCCGUAAAGGCGGCGGAUCAGCUGCUGAGCGGAGCCCUCGGACCUGACGGUCGUUGUGCGGAUUUAUCGACCGCUGAUCAAAGAGGAGUUCAUUAAAAAGACCCGAACCGGACCGCUGAGCGUCAGUUUGGCCGUUCACGGUGUCGGAUGGAGGAGGGAUGCGUUGCCUAGAAACAGAGAGCGGAGGAGGGCGGAAACAGGCCGAGCAUCACUGCAAAUUUAGGAUGAGCCUGUAAGUCUGCACUCAGGGUGAAGCAGCCACCAUGCCAUGUACCUGUGCAGAGUGGAGGAGAUGGAUCCGUCCCCUGGUUCUGGUUCUUUAUGCCCUUCUGCUGGUGGCUGUAGUGCCGCUGUGCAUCUGGGAGCUCCAGAAGGACAAGGUCGGGACUCACAGUAAAGCCUGGUUCAUUGCCGGUGUGUUUGUGUUCCUCACAAUCCCCAUUUCACUGUGGGGGAUCCUGCAGCAUAUGGUGCACUACACCCAGCCUGAGCUGCAGAAACCCAUCAUCAGGAUUCUGUGGAUGGUUCCAAUCUACAGUCUGGACAGUUGGCUGGCCCUGCGGUACCCCAGCCUCGCCAUCUACGUGGACACGUGCAGGGAGUGCUAUGAGGCCUACGUCAUCUACAACUUCCUGGUGUUCCUGCUCAACUUCCUGAGCAACCAGUACCCGAGCCUGGUGCUCAUGCUGGAGGUGCAGCAGCAGCAGCCACACCUGCCGCCGCUCUGCUGCUGCCCGCCGUGGCCGAUGGGAGAGGUGCUGCUGUUCAGAUGCAAGCUGGGUGUCCUUCAGUACACGGUGGUCCGACCCGUCACCACGGUGAUAGCACUCAUCUGUCAGCUCUUUGGAGUUUAUGAUGAGGCCAAUUUCAGCUUCAGAAACGCUUGGUCCUACCUGGUUAUUGUCAACAACAUAUCCCAGCUGUUUGCUAUGUACUGCCUGGUUCUGCUUUAUCGAGCCCUGAGAGAUGAGCUGACUCCAAUCAGGCCCGUUGGAAAGUUCCUCUGCGUAAAAUUGGUGGUGUUUGUCUCCUUCUGGUGUCGUACUUUCCUGGGACGCCCCAACAAGAUGUACUUUGGAGCAGCUGCACGACCUGAGCAUACUGAGCACACUGGGCUGCUGAACUCCACCUCCCAAGAUCCCAUCGUCACAGCAGCAACAUCUAUGCCCGCCUCACCUUCUUCUAUCGGCCGGUACCAAGGCCUCGGCCACACGCCUGCCACUCACUCUAUAUCUGCACCUGCAGGUUUCAGGUCUUCAUCCUGGGAGGACGACAGCGACUGUACUCCCCCUCAGCGGGGAAGCGACUAAUAACAAGACAAAAACACUGUCAAAUAUAUAAAACAUAAAUGUAUGAUAAAAACAAAAUCAAAGUGAAUGGAUGAAGAAAAAAGGAGGAUUUCUGAUGUAAAAACCAUAGUUGCUCAGAAAACUGGCAUAAUAAAAAAGAUUCUCUGAUGUAAAUUUUUUUAAAUUCCUAUUUUUCUCUGAGACGGUGUAGUUUUGAUCGAUGUGUCAGAUGGUGUGAAGAAAGGAAGCAGCUUGUUGUCUUGGUAUUGUGCUCCCAGUGUAUUUCAGAAAGCUUUAACGUCUGU